AUGAAAAUAAUGCAAGGGUUUGCCGAUUUUCACGACACCUUUUGCGAAGUCUUGGUGGAGGGUCUUGGAAGAUUCCCAAGAACUAUGAGUUUUACGAAAGAAGGUGCAUUAGGUAAACAGAGUUUAUCUUCUUCCAAAAGGGUCAAAUGUAUAAUUGUCCCAGAAGAAACGCAUCAAUUCAAUCAAAUGUUUAUCUUGAAGUUGAGAAACUUUAAAAAGAGAAGUUUAAGUGGUUUGAAAACCCACCUCGUUGGUAGAGAGGACUCCAGGUGGAAGCGCAGGCAGCAUUGCAAAUCUCUCGGUGAAUUUUCACUAUUACAAAACAAUUUUUCUUUAGAAGCCAAGAAAAUCCAGGUCCAUCCACUUCCAAUUUUACCACGUUUUUGUUUCCUAAUUUCUGAUCUUUUGUGGAAGCUUGACAAUUUUCGUUGUAUAUUUCCACUGCAAGAGAUAAGUAAACGUCCUCCUUGUCAGAUAUACAUUACAGAGCAAAAUUUUUAUCCUGAAAUGCGUCAGUUUAAGGCUAAAAUGCAGUCAUCUUCUACAAAUAAAACCAUACACUGUGCUCUAACAGAAUUAACACAAACACUGUUGAACAUUUUCUUUCGUGACAGCAGUAAAAUUGACAGAAAAAUGGGGACCACUCUUAUAAGUAUAAGUUUUGUUGGCUUUUCAAUAUUUGAUAUUUUAAGUACUGGACCAAAAUUUAAAUUAUUAUGUGCCAGGAGUGAACAACCAAGAGUAAUAUCAUUUUAA